GAAUAAAAUAUGGAACAGGACACGAUAAGAAGUGUUACAGUCAAGCCACCAUCAUUUAUGUCUAUACUUACUGGUGAAUGGACAGAGUUGGCAGAAUCUGACAGGGUAAUGUCAUUGUAUCUAUCCACAUGAAUUUUGUUUUAAAUGAUAAAGGCAUCUAAUGACAUCUUCUCUAAGUUUAAGACUGACUUUUUAAAAGACUGAUUAAAUGUGGUUAGAGUCUAAUUAAAUUUGGUUAAAUAUUUACAGUUAGGAAAGUGCAGAAGUGUUACAGAGUUUGAGAAGUUAAACAGAGUAGGAGAAGGAACUUAUGGCAUUGUUUGUAAGUAUUUGUAUAUUUGGACAUGGAUUUUUGCAUAGCUUUUUAAGUAAUAUAUAUUUGUGCAUGGAGUUUAUAUCAAUAAAAAUCACUACCUAGGGAUAUUAUUUUUUUUUAAAGGACCAGAUUUUACUAAAAGAUUAUAUAACAUUUUCAGACAGAGCUAGAAAUACAGAGAACAACAAAAUAGUUGCACUAAAAAAGAUGAGGUUGGAUACACAAAAAGAUGGUAAGCAAAAUGCAUUUAUUAUUUUAUUAUCCUUUAAAUAAUGUUAUGUCUUUAACUUUUUAACCCUCGAGCUUGUUUUUUAAAAUGAAUUUUUACAAGAAAUGUGGGCUUUUGAUUUUCUUUAAAAUGAAAAUAAUCAUUAUCUGUAUAUUAUUAAACCUUUGAAUUUAUAAUAAUUAUUUUUUGUGGCAAGAGAUUAUUAUUUACUCAGUUCAAACUUAAGUUAAUUUUUAACAAUUUAUUCAGCUCAAACACAAAUAUAAUAUAUAUGUAAUAAAUGAAUUUUAAAACCAGGUAUUCAUAUCACUGGGCUUAGAGAAAUCAAUAUAUUACUAAAUAUACGACACCAAAACAUUGUUCAAAUGUCUGAAGUUGUCGUUGGAAAGAGUCUUGAAAGGUAACAUUUAAAUAAAUUCUUCAGCAUGUGUUGUUACCUUUUUAAAAAAAGAUUAUUCUAUAAGUUAUAGGAAAUUUCUACACUUCAAAAAUUUCACAUCAUAUUGGUUUAAAAAACCCUGUUUAUUUCAAAUUUAAAAAUAUAUCAAUUUAAUAUACCAGUUAAUAAGGAUUUUUUUUUUAAAUUCAGCAUUUUUCUUGUUAUGGAAUAUUGUGAACAAGAUCUUGCCUCUUUAUUAGACAAUAUGGCUGCACCAUUUUCUGAACCUCAGGUCAGUAACUUUUUUAAUACAUUUUUUUAAUGUUACUCCUCUCUCUUUUGAAGAUUAUGUUUGACUUUUAAAUGGGUUCCUUAAGUCUGGGUACUUAAUGUGAACACUGUCUGAGAAUAAUUUAUAUUAUACAAGAAUAUAUAUAUAUGGCAUCCUUCCGUCUACGCGAGACGAUGGAGUAGCUAUAUAGUUCUACACUUUGACGAGUGGCCUACUAGCCCAAUCCUUGAAGGCAAUCACGGCCGCAUCUCUCGCAGGAGAAUGUUGAAACCCGGUAAAUUCUUGAUUUUUGAAUUGUUCUUUUUGAUUCGAGGGCCUCAUUUCAAGUAACUUCUGCCUUUCUCACUCCUCCAAACACUGCUGUACGCCAGUUGGAGCGAUGUUCGGCAAUGGACUCCCAUUCAUUUAUUUCAAUAUUGGCUUCCCUCAUGCUUCGUUUGCAAACAUCAAUAAAUCUCAGGCGCGGUCGUCCAAUGUCUUGUCCCCUCUGCCAACUCUCCAUAUAGCAGAAUCUUUGGGAUAUGUCCUUCCUCCAUUCUCCGUACAUGACCUAACCAGCGAAGGCGUCUCUUUAUAAGAAAGGAGAAUAUGCUAAACAUGUGUGCACGUUCCAAGACCUCCACGUUAGGCACCCUGUCCUGCCAACGAAUGCGCAAAAUGCGACACAGACAUCUUUGAUGUUGAGUUUCCACUCCUGACUGGUGUAUGUGGUCCACACUUCGCUACCAUAUAGGAGCGUGCUAAGCACGCAUGCCUGACAGACACUUAUUUUUGUUUUAUCAGUUAGAUUGAGAUUAUUCCACACCCGCUUAUUCAGUUUAGCCAUAGUUGCUGCUGCUUUUGCAAUCCUAAUAUUGAUCUCUUCAUCAACGGAGAGAGAACUAGAAAUAUUGGAUCCCAGGUAUAUGAAAUGAUCAACAACCGAAAGAUUAUGACCCUCAAUAGAUAUACAAGAAUGGCAUUUCAAAUAAUGGUAUACCAUUUGAGCUAAUUUUAUUCUAAUUUAAACAAUCACUUGUAGGGAUUUGAAAUAGACUGAAAUUGAAAUGUCAUCUAGGGUGAUUAUUAAGGUAUUUGAUACCUUAGCCUUGGGGUAUUAUAAUGUCAGCUCUGAACAAUGCCUGAGAUCAAAUUAUAUUCAAAACUCAACACAUUUCUAGUUAUAAUUUAUCAUUAAAAACAUAUGUAAAUUAUUAAAGGAUCAUAUCAUGGCAGUCUUUAUGUAAAUAAUGAUGAAUAACUAAAAUCUCAGUCAAGAUUGUAAGUAGUUGUAUUCAUCUCUGCUCUCUCCCACCUUGUCAGUGUAUUUGGGGAGUCAAAGGCUUAAUCCUUAUUUAAUUUGAUCACAGUGUUGUUACUGUUACUAAUAUUUUGUCCUGCAGUUGCAAUUUUUAUGUUCCUAACAUGUACACAAAAUGUUCCUCUUACAGGUUAAGUGCAUAAUGUUGCAAUUAUUUGCGGGCUUACAGUAUCUUCAUGAAAAUUUUAUUAUUCACAGGUAAAUCCCAAAAUAUGGCAUUAGUUUUUAUAAUUCUAUAAGAAUUUCCUCAAUGCAGAUGACUAAAUUUGUUUGAUAUACCUAGUUUUGGUAAAAUACUAAUCCAUCUGUAAAAAUUGUCUUCAGAGACCUCAAGGUAUCCAACUUACUAAUGACAGAUAAAGGAUGUGUCAAAAUAGGUAAGUGUUCCUGAUUCAACUGUUUUUCCCCAUUAGAUCUAGUUAUAUUCCAUCUCUGAGCACUCUUCAAAACAUCAAAUGUAAAUAUAAAGUAGACAAAGCUUCAAUAAAAUGAAAAAUUUACAUUGAUUUUAGUAGAGAAAAUUUUAAAUUAUAUUCAAAAGACAGUCAAAUUUAGUGGCUUAAAAUAUGUAAACUUGUAGGCAAAUGACAAAUACAGUGCAACAUUAGGGUGCAAGUAAUAAUAUUACCCUCACUUGGAUUUUAAAUUGUUGUCUUUUCUUGUCACAUUGAACUUGUUGAGCGGGCUUUGAAUACGCAUUUUAAAUUAAAAUCUGAUUAAUCAUUUGAAUGUCUUUCUGGAACUCAGUGUUGAUUAUCCCUUUUUAUUUAAAGCUGACUUUGGUUUAGCAAGAAAAUAUGAGCUUCCACUUCGUCCCAUGACACCUACUGUUGUAACUUUAUGGUUUGUACACAUCAUUCAUUAUUUUUUUUUAAAAAUGUUUAUUUUAUAGCAGUGCUUCAAAAUAUAAUUAUUUUAGAAAAGUUUGAUUUUCUUAAAAUAAAAACUUUAAACUUACUUAAACUUUUAUACAAGCAAAUGAUUUUUCUUGCAUUUAUGUCUUAGAUUAUUGCAUUUAUGUCUUAGAUUAUUGUAUUAUAAUCCAUCAAGCAUUCUUUUUUAAAGCAAAUCUGCCUUUAUAAUAUUACAUUUCAAAACUGAUUUUAUUGCCAUUUUAAAGGUACAGAGCACCGGAACUUUUGCUGGGUUCUAAAACUCACACAACUGGGAUUGAUAUGUGGCAAGUUUUUAAAAGCCUUUUAAAAUCUCUGAAAAUGUUGUGAUUAGCACUUAGAAUGGUAUCAAGUAAUAAAGCUUAAUUUUUAACAUUUCAGACUAAUACCAGUACAUGAAAGUAAAAAAAAAAGUUAAUUGUGCCUUACUGUAUAAGAUACUGUAUAAGAUAUAAGGUAGAAUUUCUAUGAAAUUAGAGAAAUAAGUCUUCAAUGCAAAGAUUUAAAGAAAAUAAAUUCUCUGAUCAUUUCACACAAUAAUUACAAUUUUAAACAAAAUAAUUUGUCAUAUCUUUUUGUGGAAUAAAAAGCCUAAGAAUGAUUUUAGUUACAUUUUUUUUUUCUCAUUUAAUGUGUUUUAAAUUGUAUCAAAAGAUUAUUGUAAAAAUCAUUCUCAAUUGCUAAAAAUGCUGCAUCAGUACAGAAAUUGACAAAUAAGAUCUUAAAAUCAAACUCAAUACCAUAUUUUAUUUAUGUUAGAGCCAGCUCAUUACACAAUAAGAACCUUGACUAAUGUGGCAGAAGUUUGUCUUACGGUACAACAAAUUCACCAAAACAUGAUUUUAAAUAUUCUCUUUCUGGCUGUAACUGUUAAUUUCUUGCUAAAAAACUACCAGUUAUUGUAGUAAAAAAAAAUUGGGGCUGUAUAUCUUUUUAAAAAUUACGACUUUGAAGGUUUAUACAAAAUAUGUAAUUAGAGAUUUUAAACCUGUUAAAAAAGAAUUAAUCCUUUUUGUAUCAGGUCAUCAGGAUGUAUAAUGGGUGAACUGCUUGCCCAUCGUCCUCUAUUGCCUGGCCGAUCAGAGCUCCAUCAGCUGGAUUUAAUUUUGGACAUGUUGGGAACCCCUAAUGACACUAUCUGGCCAGUAGGGGAAGCAUACUUAUAUACUCAUAUUUUCUCUGAUGAAAGAAAAAAAUGUGUUUCCUUCUUUUUCUUUCAUUGUUAGUUGUAUCACUUAAAUGAAAUUAUUUUGAGAUUCAUCUCCACCUUCUUUUUCAUAUUUAAACCACCGUAUUCUUUGAAAGAAUGAUUUUACAAAUAUUUUACUUUGGUUAAUAAAGCUUUCCCCUAUCUGAGUUUCUUCCCUUUCAAUGCCAUGUUUCUUUCUUUAAUCUAAUUUGUGUACUGUAUGUUCUUUUGUGAAACUUACACUAUUUUUCCUUUUUAGGAAUUCUCAAAACUUCCUGCUUUGGAGAAUUUUUCUUUGAAGAAACAACCGUGAGUGAUUGCAAUAUAAGUAAUUUAAGUUAAGGCAACUUAAUCAUUCUUUAGAUUUGGCAUAAAUUAAUUUAGUUAUCUAUUACUAAUACUUACAAUCUUAAUGUUUUGCAGCGUUACGUUGAGUUAGAGGGGCUUUCUAUACCUUAUAUUAUAUUGAGUUAAAUAUUUUCAGCUACAAUAAUCUGAGACACACAUUUCCUUGGCUCAGUGAUGCAGGAAUCAAAUUGCUUAAUAUUAUGUUCAUGUAUGACCCUGAUAAAAGGUAAGGACUUAAGUUUAUGUAAAAACAUACCUUUAUGUACACCUCAAACUUAGUUUCAGAAAAAGGUGAUUUCUUUUUCAUCAUUGGGAAAAUAUGCCUAAACUUUUGGUACAAAUUACAGUAGAACUCGGUUAUGUCGACGGCCUCAGGGUUUGCCAAAAAGCAUCAAGAUAACCGAUGAUGGAGAUAGCCCAUAACCAAUAUGGCGGAAAUAUAUUAAUAUGCCCUUGAAAUUUCUUUAUGUACAUGAUGUGCGUUUAUAAAAGCAGGUACCGGUACUUCAGUAAAAAAAAAAUAAUAAUUUUUUUAAAUAUUACAGUUAUUUAGAGCACAUUUCAAAUUAAAAAUUAAACCAGAAUCUUUAACUUUAGUACUUUAUGAGCUACAAAUUUUUAAAGUGCGAGUUCGUUUGGUAUUUUCUACUAUGGACAAAGCCUCCACAUCCUGUGACCUCAUUCUGCUGAUCGUGUCUUGCGCAAUGACUAUAUGGUUUAUAUAAGGCGGCUCAUCCCCUUAUUACUAAAAUACUAUUUAGGGACUACUUAUUUUGAACUUCAAUUUGGCACAUGACUAUUUAAUUAAAGCUUUCCCUGACCAAUGGUAUAAUAGCUUUUGCACACGGCAAACUCUUAUGAAUGAAACUCUGGCGUAGUACCACAGCAAAGCUGUCAUGCAAGUGACCGUGAAUGGCUGCCCAUGACAACGUUUUGCACACAGCAUAUUAUGAUCAUUUAUAAUAAUGACUCUAUCGGGUUUUUAAACAUCGAAUUAAAAGAUAUUUAUUGAAAUUACUUCUAGGUUCCUUCUAAAACACAGUCCUGUAUUUUGAGAUACAAGUGGCAAAUUUGGCCACCUUUUGUGCUCAAGGUAUCAGGGCUUGGCGACAUAAAAGAAUUGACAUAACUGAGGAGAAAAUUCUAAGACAAAGAGAGAAUUUGGGGGAUCCACUUCAAAAACAUCAACAAAACAGGGUUGGCAAGUUAACCGAGGUCGAGAUAAGCGGAUUCGACCGUAAAUGUUUACAUUAAUUAAAAAUGAGAAAUUUGCACUGAAAGCAAAGUUAUUUGGCUUUUGUACAAAUUGAAGAAAUAGAUAAUGCAGUUGAUAGCAUUUCUAAAGAUAAAUUCCAGAGAAUCCUCACACACUAUUAAACCAGUUUAAAGAAAGUUAUACAGGUCAUCCUAUUAGAUGAUGCUAACCUGGACAUUUUCUUGCAAAAAAUUGUAAUUUAUACCAAUGGACAUUAAACCAAUAAGAUUGUAUUAGUAUUAGUAAUAAUACAGAGGCAGCUUACAGUCACAGAAAAUUAAAAUGCCAACUUGUAAUAACAAUAAUAAAAAUAAUAAAGUUUAUUUGAAAAACACGCUUCAUCCCCCAAAAGCGCGAAGCGCGGUACAAAGUCAAUCAUAUUAAAAAGAGAAAUAAAAACAAUCUAAAAUUUACCACAUUUAAAAACAGACGCAAUAAUAUAAAACUACAUACAAGCAUACCAAGUAAAAGUCUUUCAUCCUGUUUCAACCAUAAGCAACACAAGCCAAUAUACAUUAACUGAAAAAGAUGGUAGAUAACAUCACCCCAGAAGGUGUUUGCGAAAUAGAUGUGUUUUUAAAUCGGUUUUAAAGGACUCCAGUGUCUGACUGUUUCUGAGAGAUCCUCCCUAUAUUUAUUAAUGCUUUUAGAAUAGUUCAGAAAACAUAUAUAUACUUUGAACAAAUGGUAGCUGGAAAUCUUCUAUCUCUCAAAUUAAAUUUAUAUGGAUUAGCCAAUGAGCAAAUUGUUUGCAGUUUUCAAAAUGGAAAUCAUGAUUUUAUUUUGUUCAUUUUACAGGUUAGUAUUAAUAAGAUUAUGAACUUUUGUAUUGUACCAUGUUGUUCUAUUAUAUUUCUGUUGUAUUUGUGCACAUAACUUCAUUACUGGGUAAAAAGUUAUGUUAAAACUUAAUUAUUGUUAUACUUAUACCUUACUUUAGUUAUGAAAAAUGAAUGUUUUCAAAACUUCAACAUUUUUAUAAUAACCUGUGUAGUUAAGUAAUCACUUUUGUUCUUAAAUAACAUCUUUAUCUUUGUUUGUGAAUGAAUAUCAGUACCUGUGAAUCUUCAAGACUAAGGGUUUUAUCCCCCCCCCCAAAAAAAACAAAAAAACAACAGACUUAACUCUCUGAAUACCAUCAUCAAGGAUUCUAAAAUAUGUAUAACAUCUUUCUGCAGAGCUAGUGCUGAAGAUUGCAUACAGAGUUCUUAUUUUAAAGAACAACCACGACGUAAGUUAUUUUUUAUGAAGAGUACCUGAUAGUUCUUUCGAUCUAAAAUAUGAAUCCAAACAAGGAGCCUUAACCCAUGAACAAUGGCAUGCAUUAUUCUGUGGUGUGGAGCUUUUCAGAACGUUUUGAGUGCCAUUUGAAACUGCAUUAAAUGACAUAGAAAUAUUGAUACAAGACCCCUAUAAGUGUAUAUUUUUAGAAAGGUAAAUGGAUGGGGAUAAAGUUGGCCAUAUUGCUCACCCUGUUUUUUUCGGCCGACCACAGUUCAAUAAUACUAUUUAUAUACCUGUAUGUUAAUUUUAAAUGAAAUAUUAGCAAACGAUAAAUGAAUCAGAAAAAAAAUGCAUGAAGCUUUAAAUAUUAAAUUGAACUUUAUAUCUGUUACACUUCUUUUUUAAAAAUAAAUAGCUUGCGACCCAGAAUUUAUGCCUUCAUUCCCACAACAUCGCUUGAAAAGAAAACAAUCCAAAGCAGAGGGGAAAAAAAGUAAAGAAAAAAGGUAAGUUUAAAAAAAAUUAAAUACUUUGACCAGAUGGGGGGGGGGGGGGGGGCACAGUUCACUGUACUUAGACACUUUUGAAGGGCUGGACUAUAAGUAUAAGUUUGAAAAAAAUAUGAACGAAUUCCUAUGAACACCUUUGCUGUAGUGCAUCAUCACUUCCUUCAAGUGCCACAAAAAUAGCAAUUGUUUAAAAGGAGUUUUGCAAAUGCUGAUGCAAAUGUUCUUUAGUCCUUUGUGUAACUGUAGUGGCUGCAGAGUGCUGAAGUAUUGUCUACUUGUGUAUAUAUACUGCUGGCUGUGGAUUACCUAAUCAACGACCGCAAUGGGCAUUUUCUUGGGUAUCUGUAGAGUGGCUAGGUUAAGGACGCCUGGUGGGCCCAGGCUGGUCAGAGUUUGAUGACCCCAGGACUAGCUAUUUACUGAAAGGGUUUCUGCUAGACCAGUGGUUCUCAACCUUUUUGAUUUGCAGAGCACCUUAUUUGGAUCAAUUUCUAUGGGGGGAGCCCCUUAAGCCUACCUUAUCUCUUACAAUUACAAGUAACUAGUGAUUAAGAGUUUCCUGGAGUGGUCGUAGGGCCCCUGAGAAGUGCAUGGAGAGAUCUUAUGGCUCCAUAGAGCACCGGGAACCACUAUGUCAGAUUAAUGAACAUGUACCGAAUUUAAACUAAAUAGGAUUAUAAUAUACUUAAUGAUCUCGUUUCACAGAAAGUCAUUGGAUGAUUCUUUUAAAAGCUUUGGAGACUCAACAACAAACGCUCCAUUGUAAGUUUUUAACGAUAUUAAUUACCACUAUUACCAGUACUUAAAUGGCAUUCAAAAAAUUCUGAAAUAUUUUAACCCUCAACAUCUUCUGUCCAGUUUAUCAAGCCAGAUUAAUUUUUUUAGUUUGUGAUAAUGAAAAACCACUAAUGAUUUUAAUUUGCAACUGAAAGAUAACAUAGCUUUUGAAUUAAUAAAGUUAAUACAGUGAGUUAAACAAGAUUUUUGUAAUGAACAUUACCAUGUGGCAUAUGGGGCCACCCAUAAAGUAUGUCAUGCUAUUUUUGACAAGUUUUUACCCCUCCCUCCCCAUCACAAUCUGUCACAAAUAUCAGACAAGAGAUUGACCGCAAUUGAUUUACUAAAAACCGCCCGCAACUUCACCAAAAUUUAAAAAUGACUUUCGGUUAAAACUGAAGCCAAAAGCUUAACGAGACUUAUGGCCAAAACCGAGAGAAUGAGAUAUUUGAAACUUGUUUGCGCAUAAAUUUUGCGUACAUCGAAAAAUCAUGGGGGAAGUAUUGAUAUAUAUAUAUAAUAUAAGGCGCCAGGUAAUGUUGCUGUCAUCGGUAUAGCUAUUUGUAGUGUGCAUAUUUGGUGUAGAGAUUAUUUGCUUACGAUUGUAUUGGUGAUGUUUUUGGACGUGAGAUGCUCAAAUUUGAACAAUCCGAAAUUUUAAAGGCAAAUUGGGAAAACCGAACGCCAAUUGAAAAAGUAUGAGUAAAUAAUUUGCACCCAGCAGAACCUACCCAGCCACUGUCAGGAAAGCCAUUGCUGCCGUUUUUCACAGUGCAAAUGUGCAUCCAGAGAAAAGCAGAUAUUUUAAAAAUAUAUCCAUCCUGAGUAGACUCUGUGACCGUGACCCAAAGUGCUACCCUUUGCUUUUCCUUUAUCUGUAUUGCUAUUCAUGGCCCCAGAAGACCAAGCCUUGGAGAAUGGAAGAAUUAAAAAAUUAUAUGUGCAGAAUUGCCGAUUACAGAUGCCUACCCGAGCCUACAUGAAAUCAUAUACACGGCACAUGUGGCCAUUAAAUCCUGAUAUGUAGGUGCACCAAUAAGGGAUUACAAAAUGUAUCACCAAAGUGAUCUUGUGGAAAGAUAAGUUUUAUACCAGGAAAAGAAAUUGAAGCUGUACAGCAAAAAGCCACCAAGUCCAAAAUUCUGUCUUGGUUUAAAUUUAAACUUAACCAGGAAGUCACUAAUGACCAAGAGUAUUAACUCUUAGUGUCCGUAGGUCAAAUCCACGUUUUGACGCAGUAAUUUUGUUGCCCCUAGGUGACCACAGACAAUAUUUCAUAACUUUUCGCGGAAAAUUGCGAUAAAAAACAAAUUCCUUGCACGUUUGAAAAAUGUAAACACCUGAAGAGGAUGUGGAAAUAAUGAUUUGGACAAAAUACAGGCAAAUACAGCAAAAAUCCAGUUCAUCCAUCUUGUUACGUAGUGAUCUAAUGUUUCCCAAAAGAACAGGUGAAAGAAAGCCUCUGUUUCUAUAUUUCACACAAAUGCCUCCCCUUCUUCCCCACUUUCUUCGUUUCACUUGUGAAUCGGUCGCCAUUUGUUGUUGGCAUGGCGAAAUUUUACAAAAAUGGCGGAAGUGACAUUUUUAUGCUUGUCUGAGUAAUUUGAUAUCUAAAGUCAAUAUUAAAGCUGUUUCCCGCGAAGAGAAACACACAAAACUCACAAGAAAAUCUUCCUCCAUUUUUACAAGAGAGCAGAGCAGCGCCCCGGAAGUAUAAAAAACAUUAAUUUGAGGUCGAAAUUGCCUCAGGUAAUAUAGGUACCAUGAAACUCAGUCGUGCAGACCUUCUGCGCAUAUAGAAAAAUGAUGCAAAUACUGUUGUGGCCAUUUUACAUUCGGCUUGUGGAUGACUUCGUUGUUUCACGUCAGUUUUCUAAUAAUACUACAUCUUAAUCCAUUAUUGGAAAAUGUUAAAGAAUGAAAUAAAAUCUUAGAUUAGAUAUAAAAAUUUGAUGCAUCUUUUGAUUUUAUUAGGCGUGAAGUGAUGAAACGGGUGGGGUGGGGGGGUGUGUAAAGCAUUUGUGACUGGGGGGGGGGGGCGGGGUGUGUCUAAAAAAGGUCGUUUUUUUUUUUUGUGACCUAAUUUGCGAACGACCCCAUGCCCCCUCCCGCACCCUGUCAAUGGAAGGGGCAGUUCUUAUAUUAAUAUUAUAUGCAUAUGAAAGCAUGGAGGUGAGGGAUCAUCAGAAUGUACCUAUGUAUGCAUAAAUUCUACAAUAAUUAUCCUGACAGUCUCUUAUAGAGCCAUCUGUCACCUAAAAAUCUGUUUAAUGCAUGAUUUCUUAUAAGGCAAUAAAAAUAUCACAUUGUUUCACAAUAAUUGGCAUACUAAUGCUUUUUGUUUUCAUAAAUAGCUCGCUAGAUGUCGCUAACAUUUAGCCUAACGACAACACAAUUUCAGUUAACUUGUGAAACCAAAACUACCCUAAAAGUGACAGAAUGGCAACUAACCGCGCCAAAACAGACAUUCAGUCUGUCUUUAUCUCAGGAACACCCCAACCCCCCCUUAAGUAUGUCAAACUUUGAACUGAAAAAUUAAAAGCAACUUAAAAUCUAAUAUAAAACACACUUCACCAUUAAAUUAAAAGUAUAAGUGACAUCUUCUGUCAUAAUACAUCCAUCACGAUAGAAAGUUAAACUAAACAUCACUUUCAAAUUUAAGUUUUAUAUGCAGUAUGAAGUAUCAGUACUUUAUGAACUGUCCCUCUCGACUUGAUGCCCACUUAAAUGUUAAUUUACCAUACAUCACUUUUUUUUUACAUUAACUGAUAGCUUAUGUUUUUAAAUCCAAAUGUGAUAAGUUAAACUAAAUUAACACCCCCAAAAAUAUUUUAAAAGAAACUAAAAAUUAAAUGAUAACCUUUUUUUUUUCCACUUCACAGGGUAAAGAAAAGCAGAAGGGAUAUAAGUUGAGAUGUUAUUCUCUUGUUCAUUUUGCUCUGUAAACAGUUUCCAUUAAAAAAUUAUCUGAUUACCUCAAACUUUUCAGUUCUUUUAGUGAGCUUUUUUUUUUUAGCUAUUCAUUUAUCAUUUUAAAAUGCCUAUGAAUAUUUACAAUUCAGUCUGUUUGGACUAAAUUAAGUUUAUUUCAUAUUUUAUGCAAC